CCACACGGUGAAAGUCACAUCUAUCACGGACAGAGUGAAGGUUACCUGCUUCAACAGUGCUUGAACGGCAACCCUACUUUUGUCUGAACUUGCGCCUCAUUAAUCAGCAUUUUUGAUUUAAGAAUAAUUGCAGCACAAGCUUAUUAGAUAUCGCUUAAAAAGAAGGCACUUCUCACCACGAAGACGAAAUAACAUUAUCAAGUUAACGUUAGCUAUAUUCGGACUGUGCUACUUGCAAGCUUUCAACGAAAACAUUGCCUUUUAACACGAAGAUAAUCAAACAAGAAAUAUGACCGCUCAGGUGAGACAGAAUUUCCACCAGGACUGCGAGGCAGCCGUCAACCGUCAAAUCAACCUGGAGCUGUAUGCCUCCUAUGUCUACCUUUCCAUGGGAUACUACUUUGACAGGGAUGACCAGGCCUUGCAUAAUUUUGCCAAGUUUUUCCGUGCCCAGUCUCACGAGGAGCGUGAACAUGCUGAGAAACUCAUGAAACUACAGAACCAGAGGGGAGGCAGGAUCUUCCUGCAGGACAUCAGGAAGCCUGAAAGGGAUGAGUGGGGAAGUGGAGUGGAGGCACUGGAAUGUGCCCUCCAGCUGGAGAAGAGUGUCAACCAGUCCCUGCUGGACCUCCACAAGGUCGCUUCCGAGCGCAACGAUCCUCACAUGUGUGAUUUCAUCGAGACGCACUACCUGGACGAGCAGGUGAAGUCCAUCAAGGAGCUGGGAGACUGGGUGACCAACCUGCGCCGCAUGGGCGCCCCCCAGAACGGCAUGGCCGAGUACCUGUUCGACAAGCACACGCUGGGCAAAGAGAGCAGCUAAACCUCCCUCCUCCCAACCCCCAGUCACCACUUCCACCCGGCUGCAUUUAUCUCUUUAGCUCAAGCUCUUCGGUCAUCUGCUGUUAAGACCAGUCAGUUGGCCCCUAUCAACAUUCUGCUUGUUCUUCUGCACCGUGCUGUUCCAAAACCACAGUUCCCAUAAGCCAUAGAUCUUAUCAUUGUUGUUGCUUGUCUUCAGUGGUUGACGCUCCUGUCUUUGGCCUUUGUUGUCUUUUAUUACUGAUCAAACCAAAUAAAGGGAACCCUCUGGAUUCUGAA